CCUAGCUAGAAGCGCGUUGGACGGAAAGUGAGAUCGAUAGAGAGAGAGAGAGAGAGAGAGAGAGAAGAGGGGACAGGGGACAAGUCACAAGCAGUUGUUGUUGUUGUUCAGACUUCAGAGAGAGGAUUCGGAUUUGAGGAGAGUCUGAGGAAACCUCCUUUCUCUCUCUCUUUUUUGCUCAAGCAGAGACUGGCUUACGUGCCUCCUCUCUUUUCUGACCUAAAACCCAUCAAUUUCUGGUAGGUUUCGUAAGUGUUUACGUAUUCAAUUCCUCCUUGCCCAUCUCCCAUUUCCAUUUCUUCCCUAGAUUUAUAUAUGUUCCACAAACUAUUGGGAAACUGGGCAUUGAGGAAUUGAAUUCACCGGAUACAUGUUUGUAUCGAUUGAGGGGUUUCAAUUAAGUUGUUUGGUCUCUGGGGCUGGUGUCCGAGAUAAACAAAUGAUUGCAAUGUUUGAUUUUUGUUAAUGGGUUUGUGAUUGAUCCACCGGAGCAUUGUUGGGAUCGAGUUAAUUGUUGGUGGGCUUGCUUGGUUUGGCUGUAUAUCUUUGGAUGUAUCUAGUUAUCACCGAAGAGCAGCAUCGGCUUGUGAGCGUAGCCGACUCGUUUCUGGGUGUUCUCAGGCCAUUUGACCUGAAACUUCAACAGAAUCCAUUCAUUUUUUGUUCUUCUAGAGAUAGAUGGGAUAAGGAGUUCUUCAAACUUCAAGGAGGGUAAUAAAUUUUAAGAAUUUGUCGAUUUUUCGGAGGGCUUUUUGGCUGCAUUUCUGCUAUAAUAUAUUGUCACAAGUUUUGAGUCUUUGAGAUGGGUUCUUCUGCGCAAAGAUCAUCAACCUUGACCACAAAUGUGGCAGAAUUAGUUGAUGUUUCAGCUAAGCGGCCGGAGGUCUCGUACAUUCAUACCAUGCCUAUUUAUGUUAGGGAGCUGAUUGCUGGAGGGGCAGCUGGGGCAUUUGCUAAGACUGCUAUUGCGCCGCUGGAACGGACCAAGAUACUCUUGCAGACAAGAACAGAUUUUCGUUCUCUGGGGGUAGGUCAAUCUUUGAACAGGGUACUAAAGCAUGAAGGCUUUCUAGGAUUCUACAAAGGAAAUGGAGCUAGUGUUGUUCGAAUUGUUCCAUAUGCAGCCUUACAUUACAUGGCAUACGAGCGGUAUAGGUGUUGGAUCUUGAAUAACUAUUCUGCUUUGGGAUCAGGGCCUCAUAUUGAUCUUUUAGCCGGUUCAGCAGCUGGAGGAACAGCAGUCUUAUGCACUUACCCCUUGGACUUGGCUCGCACAAAACUUGCUUAUCAGGUUGUUAACACCAGAGGAAAAUUCACUUAUGGUAUGAAAGGUGUUCAUAGUCAAAUCUCUUAUAAGGGCAUUGGUGAUGUGCUCUCUAGUGUCUACAAGGAAGGAGGUCUGCGGGGGCUUUAUCGCGGUGUAGGCCCCACACUGACCGGAAUCCUUCCUUAUGCUGGUUUAAAGUUCUACAUAUAUGAGAAACUUAAAAGCCACGUUCCUGAGGAGUAUGAAAAGUCUAUUGGGAUGCGUCUUUCCUGCGGAGCUUUGGCUGGCUUAGUUGGGCAAACCUUCACAUACCCAUUGGAUGUUGUUAGGAGACAAAUGCAGGUUGAGAAUCUGCAGCCUUCAGGUGGUGUUAGGUACAAAAACACAUUGGACGGACUUAAAUUUAUUAUCCGCAAUCAAGGAUGGCAAAAGUUGUUUGCAGGCCUGAGCAUUAACUAUAUCAAGAUUGUUCCUUCUGUUGCAAUUGGUUUCACAGCAUAUGACGCGAUGAAAGUUUGGCUCCACGUUACACCCCAACAGAAGUCCCAACGAAUAACUGCUGCAUAAUCAGAGAGACUCAGAAUCUGUAACAUAGAAACUUCAAAUAGAUGGCAUCAAGCCAUCAAUUGAGCGAAUUACAAGAGAUUAUUGAUUUUACACCAUUGUUAUUCCAAUUAAGUUUCUGUCUGUGAUUCACUUAGAGUGAUUUCACUAUCAUUAGCAACCAGCAAGUAUCAAAACACGGAGAAUUUAGGCAGUGUGUCCGGAAUAUGCAUGCUUUUGGACUUUUAGCAAAUACCCUUCCACAUGGAGCCAUGAACAGGGAGAAAGUCUUGCCCAUCACAAAGGGCUUGUAUCUGUUUUAGUCAAUAAAGGCUUGUCUCCUUCAUAGAAGACCCCACGGUCUUUUUAUGUGGGAUGGGCUAAUAGGGCCAUUUUGUUUUUUGUGAAAAGUGAUUCCUCAUGGUUAUCCCGUUCUACGCCACUAUCAAUGACCAGUACAAGGAGUACUGUAUUGGAAUGGAGAAUAUCACAAAUGAUCACUCAAUUUUUACUUAUUUGA